AUGUCUAUCAUAGACUCGAAAAGAAGUUUGGCGACUGCCGAGACGGAGGACGCCGAAUCUCUCUGCAACGUCCCUCCUCCAUACGAGCUGCACUCCACCGGGGCGCUGUUGUCUAGCGAGGCUGCAAUACAGUCUGACGGCCAUGUGAACAUCAACUUUCAGUCGCAGAACCCAGUGGAGCUGUGGGAGCAGCUUCCCCCGUUCCCCGCAGCCGAGGAUACUGCGUUGUCGAACAUCAACCUCAAGCCCGUACCCUUCCUGAACGUCGUGAUACAGGUUGUGGGUAGCCGCGGUGACGUUCAGCCAUUCAUAGCACUUGGCACAGCUCUCCGCCGUUACGGCCAUCGGGUUCGCCUAGCCACGCAUGACACCUUUGCCAAAUUCGUGACCGACUCUGGCUUAGAAUUCUUCCCGAUUGGCGGAGAUCCCGCCGACUUGAUGUCGUACAUGGUCCGAAAUCCUGGUCUGAUUCCCUCUAUGGAGUCUCUUAAGGGCGGCGACGUGGGGAAGAAACGACGAAUGAUACGCGAAAUGCUCCACGGAUGCUGGCGUUCCUGCAUUGAUCCCGAUCCCAUCAGCAACCGACCGUUCGUAGCCGACGCCAUCAUCGCGAACCCCCCAAGCUUCGCCCAUGUACAUUGUGCGCAAGCCCUCGGGAUUCCAGCCCACAUCAUGUUCACCAUGCCCUGGACAGCAACUCGUGCUUUCCCUCACCCGCUAGCAAAUAUCCAACGCAGCAAGGACCUGGAGCCACAGGUCACCAAUUGGCUGUCGUAUGGCGUCGUAGAGUUGAUGACCUGGCAGGGUCUGGGCGAUGUCAUCAACAGCUGGCGAAGGAAAGAUCUCCAGCUCGCGCCGAUUCCCGCCAGCAUGGGACCAGGCGUGACAACGUUUCUCAAAAUCCCGCACACAUACUGCUGGUCGCCGGCCGUGGUUCCUAAGCCUGCCGAUUGGGGUCCUGAGAUUGACGUUUGCGGCUUCUUCAUGCGCGACGAGCCAUCCUACAAGCCACCUGCCGACUUAGACGCCUUUCUUUCAGCCGGUCCGCCUCCGUUGUAUGUUGGGUUCGGUAGUAUCGUUGUCGAUGACCCAGGACGUUUGACAGACGUAAUUCUCGAGGCCGCAGGUAUUUGCGGCAUCCGUGUCAUCAUUUCGCGAGGAUGGAGCAAGCUCGGCGAGGGGAAGUCAAACACAGACAGCGUGUUCUAUCUCGGAGAUUGUCCACAUGAGUGGCUAUUCAAACGAGUGUCAGCCGUGGUGCAUCAUGGAGGAGCUGGAACGACAGCUUGUGGUCUGAUCAACGCGCGACCGACUAUCAUUGUGCCGUUCUUCGGCGACCAGCCGUUUUGGGGUCGGAAGCUCGUGGAGGCUAUUCAGUAUUGUCUAUCGCCCGAAGCACGUCGUGCGGUCCAAGAAGUAGCCAGCGCCAUGCGGCAAGAACGCGGCGUCGAUACCGCCACAGCAUCGUUCCAUCGUAAUAUUCCUGCCAGCGAUCUCGGCUGUGAUCUGAUUGCUGGUCAGCGCGCCGCCUGGCUGUUUGAAACGCAGUCCAAAACGGGCACCAAGCGGAUGAGGCUUUCGAACCAAGCAGCAUCAGCUCUGAUCGUUGCGAAGAAGAUGAAGAUGUCUGACUUGAAGCCUCUACGAACGAAAGAAUACGACACCGAUGUGAAACGAUGGGAUCCCAUCACCGGGGGUGCCUCUUCACUCCUGGGCACCGUCACCGACUUCACCGUCGCUCUAGGCGGCACCUUCAUUGAUCCAUGGAAGGAGUACAAGCGUUCCCGCGCCUCUGGUCACGAGGCUGGCCCAGCAAGCGGUGCAGCCGCAAUGGCCGUCGGUAAGGGAUUCGCCUCCAUGUCUGGAGCGAUCGUCAAGGGCGGUCUCGUGAGUAUGCCGCUUGCCAUCACAGAAGGCCUGCACAACGCUCCCAGUCUGUACGGCGACAGGGUACGAGACAAUGGCAAGGUAGAAGACUGGAAGAGCGGAGGAGCUGUAGCCGCAAAGACCUUUGGAACCGGAUUCUAUGACGGACUGACGGGUGUCUUCACCGAUCCCUACAAAGGCGCGAAGGAAGGAGGUGCUCUUGGUCUAGCAAAGGGAGUUGCCACGGGGUCCUUCGGCCUUAUUCUCAAGCCAGGAGCUGCAAUGUUCGGACUCGUCGCAUACCCUGCCCAAGGAAUUCAUAAAUCCCUCAAGGCAAGAACCGGCCGCAGCCAUGAAGUGUUGAAGGCGAAAACCGCGCUCCUGGACCACGACCAACGACAGAACAACGGGAACCCCCGCGACGGAAGCAAGGUCCUGCAGGUGUUCGACGCCUACUUUACGCAAUAG